UACCUCCGCUUAGGUAGGCGGUUUCCCACGCUGCCGGCGAUCUUGGAGGCUGGGUGUUGAGUUAUAGGAGAGCUCUGGCUGCGGGCGGGAAUCACUAAGACCAAUUAAUUUUGCUGAUCAAAUGACAGAUAUGAGUGAUUUCAGUGAACUGAUGAGGCCCUCGACUGAAGGCGACCGGAUGGAGACGUGUGUGCUCUCUGGUACAGGAAUGCAUUUUCCUUGGCUCCAGAAAUAUCUCAAUUCUGUGCUGACCGAAAGAAAAAAGGAAAAGGCCUUUGCCCAAACAACAACCGAGUGUUUAAGUCUGAUGCAGCAAGCUCUGCUGAAGCACCAGUGGCAGCAGGCGGCAGGGUACAUGCACAGCUACCUCCAGGUCCUGGAGGACUGGGACGUCAUCAAAAGGCAGGCUGCCCCCGAGAUUAUCUGGAAGCUUGGUAGUGAAAUUCUGUUUUAUCACCCUAAAAGCAGUGUAGAGACUUUCAAUACGUUUGCCGACCGGAUGAAAAAUAUUGGUGUCAUGAAUUACUUAAAGAUCUCCUUACAACAUGCCUUAUACCUGCUGCAUCACGGAAUGCUUGAGGAUGCGAGUCGGAAUCUCCACCAGGCAGAGACAUGGAGAUACGGUGACAAGUCAUCUUCCCAGGAGGUCCUCAUCAAUCUUGUUCAGGCCUACAAAGGGCUUUUGCAGUACUACACUUGGUCUAAGAAGAAGAUGGAGUUAUCUCAGCUUGAUGAGGAAGAUUAUGCAUAUAACACAGCCUCCCAGAGUAUGCUCAACCACAGCUGGAAGACGUCCAUAAACCUGUGUGCACUGAUUCAGAUUCCUGGAGUUUGGGAUCCUUUUGUCAAGAGUUAUGUAGAGAUGCUGGAUUUCUAUGGAGAUCGAGACGGAGCCCGGGAAGUGCUCACCAAUUACGCCUAUGAUGAUAAAUUCCCGUCCAAUCCCAACGCCCACGUCUAUUUAUAUAACUUCCUAAAGAAAGAGAAGGCACCGAGGGAGAAGCUCAUCAGUGUGCUGAAGAUUCUAUAUCAGAUUGUACCGUCACAUAAACUGAUGUUCGAAUUCUACAGAUUACUGAGAAAAUCAGAGAAAGAAGAGGAUCAGAAACUAGGGUUGGAAGUAUUAUUUGGAGUUUUAGAUUUUGCUGGAUGCACUAGAAAUAUAACUGCAUGGAAAUAUUUGGCGAAGCAUCUCAGACAGACCUUAGCGGGGAACCGUCUUGCCUGGAUUCAAGAACUGUGGGACUCCAGGAAAAAUUGGUGGCCAAACUUUCAUUUCAGCUUCUUUUGGGCAAAAAGUGACUGGAAGGAAGAAAAAACAUUGGCGUGUGAGAAAGCUCUGGUAGCCGGAAUAUUGUUAGGAAAAGGCUGUAGAUAUUUUCGGUACAUUUCAAAACAAGACCAUCAAGUCUUAAAGAAGAAAAUGAAGCGGAUGAAGAAGUCAGUAAAAAAGUUUAGUAUCGUGAAGCCGUAACUCUGAAACUGAAUCAGGAUGAAUUUGGUUAUUUCAGACUAGAAUCUACAGGCCAGCAGUAGUCAUUGAAUAUAUUUAUUUAUUGACAUUUUAAGAGGGCGUAUAGUUACAGAAAAGAGUUAUUUUUGUAUUUUCUUUCAUUUAUAACUUGAGAAGCAACCUCACUGCCUUUGCACUUUGUAAAUAUGUAUUUUUGUACUGUUAAGUGGAGUACUUAUUAAAGAAUGCGCCUCCAAUUCAAAGACAUUUGUUUAAUCAGAA